AUGUCCGGCGAAGGCCCCGAAUCAAUCCCCACCUCAGCGGACCCCCGCUCCCGCCGCCCGACCAAGAAACGCGCCCUCACCCCCGUGUCCGAACACGCAAAACACCUCGAAACCCUCUUCUCCAAACCCGACCAAGAAAUCCGCCUCCCACCCGCCCCCGGCGCCGUCGCCAAACGCGCCGUCGCCGCGCCCCCCGAAAUCGUCACGAAUGUCCAGGGUUCCUCCGCCGGCGCCGGCUCCGGCGAGUUCCACGUCUACAAGGCCAGUCGACGCCGCGAGUACGACCGACUGCGCGCCAUGGACGAGGAGGUGAGGCAGGAAAAGGAAAAUGACGAGUUUGAGCGCCAAAAGGCCGAGCGCGCUGCCAAGGAUGAGGAGCGCACGAGGAAGAACCGCGAGAAGAGGGAUAAGAAGAAGCAAAAGGGCAAAAAGGGCCCCGGUGGUGGUGGUGGUGCUGCUGCUGUGGCAAAAGGACCUACCACAGCUUCCUCGAGCGGAGGUGAUGCAAGGACUGCGGCGGAAACAUCUACAAACAAGGAGCAUGACGAUGCCAAGGAGGACAGGGACGGGAGGAGCAAGGGCGCAGACACGGCGACGACAUCCUCGUCAGGAGCUGCUCAGCCCCACGGUAUUGUAAUCCACGACGACGACUGA